UGUUAGUUUAAGGACCUGCCCGAAACACUGCGCGUACUAGUGGCUUUACAAGAUUGUAAAUACUGUGCUAUGUAUUCUCACAAACCCAAUGUACCUUCUUGUAUAUAAAUAAAUAAAUAAGUAACAAGUGUGUGCUUGUAUUCAUGUAAACAAUAGAUAUUAUUGCACUAACAGAAACAUGGAUGAAUGUAGAAAAUCCAAAAUUAAGGAACAGAAAUGAUUUCACAUUGAUAAAAAAAUUAUACAAGGAAGGGGAAGGAAAGAGAACUAUCAGGAGAAAACGCCAAGCCAUUACGACUAUAUAGCACUUGGAAGGGGGCUAAGUUAAGGAUUUGGGAUGGGACGGAGGGAAGGAAUGGUACUCAACCACUUGGACGGUCGGGGGAUUGAACGCCGACCUGCGUGAACCGAGACUGUCGCUCUACCGUCCAGCCCAAGUGGUUUGGCCUCAAGGACGGGGAGUAAUACAAAAUGUAAAUGUAGUGUCGAACAGGAAAUACAAACUGAAGCCCACUCAGAAAGUAUUUAGAAUUAAGUUAAGAUAAUGCUAGUCUAAUUAUAGGAGUCAUAUAGAAGAGAGGAGCGUCUGGGCCGAAACAUCUAGGUCUAACAAUGUUUAAAUUCCAGGUAACAUUAAUUUCAGUAUAAUAAAUUGGACAAAUAAUACAGGGAAUGCAGAAGCAAAAGACUUUUUUUUAGAAUUAGAUGAUGAUUGCUUUCUUGAUUAACAUAUUAUAAACGAACACGGGAAAAUAAUAUUACAGGCCACGAGGGAGUCACAAAACAUGAACAUUAAGACAAAGUUAGGAACGGAAAUCACAAAAAAAUAUCAGACGUAACAUAACAUGGAAAAGUUGAACGGGAUAAAAAAACGUUUCCAGAGAGCUGAAUUUGAGAGAGUGAAGAGUUUCUUGGGGAGGGUCGACUGUAAGGAGCCGAGGGUGAGCCAGGUAGACUGCAGGGAGCCGAGGGUGAGCCAGGUAGACUGUAGGGAGCCGAGGGUGAGCCAGGUAGACUGCAGGGAGCCGAGGGUGAGCCAGGUAGACUACAGGGAGCCGAGGGUGAGUCAGGUAGACUGUAGGGAGCCGAGGGUGAGCCAGGUAGACUGCAGGGAGCCGAGGGUGAGUCAGGUAGACUGUAGGGAGCCGAGGGUGAGCCAGGUAGACUGCAGGGAGCCGAGGGUGAGCCAGGUAGACUGUAGGGAGCCGAGGGUGAGCCAGGUAGACUGCAGGGAGCCGAGGGUGAGCCAGGUAGACUGUAGGGAGCCUAGGGUGAGCCAGGUAGACUGUAGGGAGCCGAGGGUGAGCCAGGUAGACUGCAGGGAGCCGAGGGUGAGCCAGGUAGACUGUAGGGAGCCGAGGGUGAGCCAGGUAGACUGCAGGGAGCCGAGGGUGAGCCAGGUAGACUGUAGGGAGCCGAGGGUGAGCCAGGUAGACUGCAGGGAGCCGAGGGUGAGCCAGGUAGACUGUAGGGAGCCUAGGGUGAGCCAGGUAGACUGUAGGGAGCCGAGGGUGAGCCAGGUAGACUGCAGGGAGCCGAGGGUGAGCCAGGUAGACUACAGGGAGCCGAGGGUGAGCCAGGUAGACUGUAGGGAGCCGAGGGUGAGCCAGGUAGACUGCAGGGAGCCGAGGGUGAGCCAGGUAGACUGUAGGGAGCCGAGGGUGAGCCAGGUAGACUGUAGGGAGCCGAGGGUGAGCCAGGUAGACUGUAGGGAGCCGAAGGUGAGCCAGGUAGACUGUAGGGAGCCGAGGGUGAGUCAGGUAGACUGUAAGGUGCCGAGGGUGAGCCAGGUAGACUGCAGGGAGCCGAGGGUGAGCCAGGUAGACUGUAGGGAGCCGAGGGUGAGCCAGGUAGACUGCAGGGAGCCGAGGGUGAGCCAGGUAGACUGCAGGGAGCCGAGGGUGAGCCAGGUAGACUGCAGGGAGCCGAGGGUGAGCCAGGUAGACUGCAGGGAGCCGAGGGUGAGCCAGGUAGACUGCAGGGAGCCGAGGGUGAGCCAGGUAGACUGCAGGGAGCCGAGGGUGAGCCAGGUAGACUGCAGGGAGCCGAGGGUGAGCCAGGUAGACUGCAGGGAGCCGAUUGUGAGCCAGGUAGACUGCAGGGAGCCGAGGGUGAGCCAGGUAGACUGCAGGGAGCCGAUUGUGAGCCAGGUAGACUGCAGAGAGCUGAGGGGUUGUGAUCCUGGCAAAGGCUAACUUAACACUGGAAUAUACAGGAUUGUUCAGGCAAAUUAUAACGCAUUAACACGUCAUAUCUGUCAGCGCAGGGAUGUACCGUACCAUAUCUGUCAGCACAGGGAUGUACCGUACCAUAUCUGUCAGCGCAGGGAUGUACCGUACCAUAUCUGUCAGCUCAGGGAUGUACCGUACCAUAUCUGUCAGCACAGGGAUGUACCGUACCAUAUCUGUCAGCUCAGGGAUGUACCGUACCAUAUCUGUCAGCACAGGGAUGUACCGUACCAUAUCUGUCAGCGCAGGGAUGUACCGUACCAUAUCUGUCAGCACAGGGAUGUACCGUACCAUAUCUGUCAGCACAGGGAUGUACCGUACCAUAUCUGUCAGCGCAGGGAUGUACCGUACCAUAUCUGUCAGCGCAGGGAUGUAAAGUACCAUAUCUGUCAGCACAGGGAUGUACCGUACCAUAUCUGUCAGCGCAGGGAUGUACCGUACCAUAUCUGUCAGCACAGGGAUGUACCGUACCAUAUCUGUCAGCGCAGGGAUGUACCGUACCAUAUCUGUCAGCACAGGGAUGUACCGUACCAUAUCUGUCAGCGCAGGGAUGUACCGUACCAUAUCUGUCAGCACAGGGAUGUACCGUACCAUAUCUGUCAGCGCAGGGAUGUACCGUACCAUAUCUGUCAGCACAGGGAUGUACCGUACCAUAUCUGUCAGCGCAGGGAUGUACCGUACCAUAUCUGUCAGCGCAGGGAUGUACCGUACCAUAUCUGUCAGCGCAGGGAUGUACCGUACCAUAUCUGUCAGCGCAGGGAUGUACCGUACCAUAUCUGUCAGCGCAGGGAUGUACCGUACCAUAUUUGUCAGCGCAGGGAUGUACCGUACCAUAUCUGUCAGCGCAGGGAUGUACCGUACCAUAUCUGUCAGCACAGGGAUGUACCGUACCAUAUCUGUCAGCGCAGGGAUGUACCGUACCAUAUCUGUCAGCACAGGGAUGUACCGUACCAUAUCUGUCAGCGCAGGGAUGUACCGUACCAUAUCUGUCAGCACAGGGAUGUACCGUACCAUAUCUGUCAGCGCAGGGAUGUACCGUACCAUAUCUGUCAGCACAGGGAUGUACCGUACCAUAUCUGUCAGCACAGGGAUGUACCGUACCAUAUCUGUCAGCGCAGGGAUGUACCGUACCAUAUCUGUCAGCACAGGGAUGUACCGUACCAUAUCUGUCAGCGCAGGGAUGUACCGUACCAUAUCUGUCAGCACAGGGAUGUACCGUACCAUAUCUGUCAGCGCAGGAAUGUACCGUACCAUAUCUGUCAGCACAGGGAUGUACCGUACCAUAUCUGUCAGCGCAGGGAUGUACCGUACCAUAUCUGUCAGCGCAGGAAUGUACCGUACCAUAUCUGUCAGCGCAGGAAUGUACCGUACCAUAUCUGUCAGCGCAGGAAUGUACCGUACCAUAUCUGUCAGCGCAGGAAUGUACCGUACCAUAUCUGUCAGCGCAGGAAUGUACCGUACCAUAUCUGUCAGCACAGGGAUGUACCGUACCAUAUCUGUCAGCGCAGGGAUGUACCGUACCAUAUCUGUCAGCGCAGGGAUGUACCGUACCAUAUCUGUCAGCGCAGGGAUGUACCGUACCAUAUCUGUCAGCGCAGGGAUGCACCGUACCAUAUCUGUCAGCGCAGGGAUGCACCGUACCAUAUCUGUCAGCACAGGGAUGUACCGUACCAUAUCUGUCAGCGCAGGAAUGUACCGUACCAUAUCUGUCAGCGCAGGAAUGUACCGUACCAUAUAAAUUAAUGAGAUCAGUAAUAAUAACUCGAAAUGGUUAACACUAAAAUACCUAAAAUACCUUACUUAAAAAGAAAGCUUUUAUAAACGAAUUCAAAACUGAGAAAGUCUAUGUGGAACAGCAGUUUAUCAAUCUAGCAAGAAUAGUUUAAAAAUAAAUAAGAAAAUGCCAAAGAAACUAUGAAGUGUAUAUAAUAGGUCAGGGAGAACCCAUCUAAUGUGGUCUUCAUAUUUAUCAGAUAUAGGUUAGGAAGAAGAAGAAUGGGCCAUUGAAAAAUUAGAGAAGUCAAGUAACCAACAAUGACAGAGAAAUGAGUGGUAUUCUAAAUGUCUGUCUUUAGUAGAGAAAACUUUAAUAUUAUGUCUCCAGCUGAACAAAUCUGUGGAGGUGACAUGAGCACAAGUCGACUAGUUUAGUGGUCAUCAGAGCGGAAAUUAUUAAAGAAAUAUAAAGAUUGAAGCCCAAGUCCCCAGGACAAGACCAGGUAUUUGCCAGGAUCCUUAAAUAGUGUGUAGAGGAGCUUCGUGCUGGUGUGGGUGACGCAGCGGCUGGCCACCUUCUCUCAUCACAGACUGUGGCCACUGUCGGGUGAAAUAAUUGCCAUGACAUUCCCACUAUCCCCAGAGAUUUCCAGCAGUCAGAGGUGGUACAUUACAUUGAUGAAAUGCGUCCCAGUUUCCCACGUGGCCUAACGUCCAGCGAUGACAGCCACACAUUUCCCAAAAUUCUAUCAAGCAGCCAGGAAUGUCUCUCGCAGAGCAAGGGUUAAGAUGCGCUUCACUUGCCUAUCUCAUUUAGUGCCAUAUAGUCGUAUUAGCCUAGUACUUAGCACUUGAUAAUUACCUUACUUUCUUAACUCAUUUCUUGCUCUAUGACCUUCCUGCUGGCGUGUUUUGGGGGUG